GAUGACCUCAGCAUCUCCACACUAUGGUGGACAGGUCCAGAUUUUUUGCAUCAUUCCAUUAUUCAAUUUUCUAUGACACCUAAUACAAACGCAGAUAAUCUGCCAAAAGUGUCAUUGCAUACAAACGCACAGGCAAACAUAAACGAAAAUGAAAAUCUUAUAACUAAACUUAUCACUAAUAAUUCAAAACUUACAAAACUAAUACGAAUCGUAGCAUAUAUUUACAGAUUUAUACAUAAUUGCAAAAAUAAAAAUAAUAAAAGCACAUCAAAUUUAACAUAUACAGAAAUAAAAUCAAGUAAAACUAAACUUCUACAACUCGCACAGCAGGAAUCAUAUCCUGAAGAUUACAAACUCUUAUCUUUGGGCAAGCCCUUACAGUCGAAAAGUAGACUGCUUUCGUUAACACCCUUCUUAGACGAUCAGAAAUUAAUACGUGUCGGUGGUCGUCUUAAUAAUGCUUAUUAUAGUUACGACAUUAAGCAUCCAAUCUUAUUGUGUAGCAGGCAUCACCUUACCAAACUGCUCUUUGACAUGCAACAUAUGGCAUUAUUGCACGCCCCACCUCAGCUGUUGCUAGCAAGCGUUCGGCAAAAAUACUACCCACUGGUGGAAGAAACCUGGCGCGCCACUUAGUGUAUAAAUGCGUUCGCUGCAUCAGGUUCAAGGCUAGACCUUUUCAAGUGUCAAUGGGCAACUUGCCUAUCGAUAGGACACAGUUGGAAUAUCCCUUUUUGCACACGGGAAUGGAUUUUGCCGGACCAGUGCUGAAAGCUGACCGUAAGGGUAGGGGUAGCAAAACAAUUAAAUCAUAUAUAUUGGUAUUUGUUUGUCUUGCAGUCAAGGCUCUUCACUUGGAACUUGUCACAAGUCUAACGACAGAGUCGUUCCUUGCUGCUCUCCGCCGCUUCAUGAGUCGUCGGGGAAAGCCUCAAACUCUUUAUUGUGACAACGGAACUUCGUUUGUCGGGGCAUCAAACGAACUUAGUAACUUUUUAAAACAUAAUCACGAUAAGCUGCAGUCAGGUAUGGCAGAAAACCUUAUUAACUUUAAAUUUAGCCCGGCUUACUCACCACACUUCGGCGGACUUUGGGAAGCCGCAGUAAAGUCAACCAAAUAUCAUCUCAAACGCAUUUUAUCUCUUACACAUUUAACGUAUGAAGAAUUAAAUUGUUGCCUGAUUCAGAUUGAAGCGAUUCUGAAUUCUAGACCCCUUACCCCUUUAUCUUCUGAUCCAUCUGAUCUUACCUACCUAUCACCCUCUCACUUCCUUAUUGGAUGUUCUCUUCUGUCAGUCCCACAAGAACCUCUGACUGAAGAAAACAUCUCACGGCUCGAAAGGUUCCAGAGAGUUGAAAAACUCAAGCAACAUUUCUGGAGCCGCUUUUCUAAUGAGUAUGUUACUCUCCUCCAGCAUAAGACGAAGUGGCACACCUCGACAGACCAGCUGCAAGUCGGGACUAUGGUCUUGGUCAAGGACCGCGCACUUCCACCUCUCCUGUGGCUGCUGGGACGCGUCACGAAGCUGUACCCGGGCACGGACAACGUCACCAGAGUCGCUGACGUACGCACGAAGAAAGGAGUCAUCCGUAGGGCGUAUAACAACUUGUGCCCCCUCCCUAUUACUUAACUUGUUAUCAUCUUCACUCUGUUUAAUUAUUGUUCGAUUUCUUAACUUCCAUCUAUUGUUCUUUGUUUUUUGUUGAGUAUCUCAACGCCCGGGAGUAUGUUGCGACUGCAACUUAAUAUUAUAUAAAAAACAAUGCAGUAGCUAAACGCAGCCGUCGGGCUCGGCUAUUAUUCGGAGGCUUUUUAAAAGCACCAAUAGGAGCGCUCCACAUAAUCUGUAUCGCGGCCAAUUGGAAGCAUUUAAAUCUAAACCUUUUUGUACUGAUCAAGUCAAAUAUUGCAAAUCACUCUUGCAUCAUCCUCCAUACUUUCAACACCUACUUUCUACAUUGAACCGUUUUGGCAAGAACCCUUGUAAACCAGUACCUUUGGGAAGAUUAUACUUCACUUCAUUAUAAAUCGAAGUUUUAUUUAAGUCGUCGAGGCCCUGACCUGCAC